AUGUUAGCAAGAAUAUUUAAACAUCCUUUAAAUUUAGGCACCUUAAGAGCAAAUACUUCAUCUAUUCGAUACUUUAGUCCGCCAUCAAAAUUCGAUUUUCAGCCCGGGCCACCAAGGUUACCGAAAGAACAACAAAAAGAAUUUGAGAAAUUACAAAGCAUAGCUAAUUCACAAAUUGCUAUUGAAGAAUAUAACGAUCAAAUUGCCCAACAACAAGCUGAGGGUAGUAUGCAAGAGCCGAAAGCUCCAAUCGUGAAUUCCGAGAUUGGCUCAUUUUCCAGCUUGAAACUUGUUCCUGAUUUUGAAGGUGAUGUUAAUCCCAAAACCGGUGAAAGAGGUGGACCAAAGCAGGAACCCUUGAAGCACACGAAAGACGAAUGGAGCUUUAAUGGCAGGGUUAUCGAUUUCUGA